AGGUGAUAUGUGGUAGUAUAUUUGAAGUGCUGUGGUCCAUCAUCCAGCCGGGCACGUCGUUUGGCAUCAGCGUGCUUCGAGCUCUCAGGUUAUUGAGGAUUUUCAAAGUCACCAAGUACUGGAAAUCUUUGCGCAAUCUUGUCGUCUCACUGCUCAACUCUAUGAAGUCCAUCAUCAGCUUGCUCUUCCUGCUCUUCCUCUUCAUAGUUGUCUUUGCCCUGCUGGGCAUGCAGCUCUUCGGAGGACAGUUUAAUUUUCCAAAUGGCACUCCUCCGACCAACUUUGACACCUUCCCCGCAGCAAUAAUGACGGUGUUCCAGAUCCUGACCGGUGAGGACUGGAACAUGGUGAUGUACGAUGGCAUCAAGUCUCAGGGCGGAGUCAACAAGGGCAUGGGCUUCUCCAUCUUCUUCAUCGUGCUCACACUUUUUGGCAACUACACUCUGCUGAAUGUGUUCUUGGCCAUCGCUGUGGACAAUUUAGCCAACGCACAGGAACUGACCAAGGACGAACAGGACGAAGAGGCAGCUAACAGUAAGAAGAUCGCCCUGCAGAAAGCCAAGGAGGUGGCUGAAGUCAGCCCAAUGUCUGCCGCCAACCUCUCCAUCGCAGCCAACAAAGUACACAGUGAGUGUCACAACGCUACCGACCCCUUUCUGGACUGUAAGGAGCAGCAGAAGAACAACAAGGGGGGAAUCAACAAGUCGGUGUGGGAACAACGCACCAAGGAGCUGAGGAGGCAGACGCUGGUGACCAGCCGCGAGGCUCUCUACAACGAGCUGGACACUGAGGAGAACUGGAAGGUGAACUUCGCACGUAACUCCCGCCCAGACAUGAAGACCCACCUGGAUCGCCCGCUGGUUGUUGACCCCCAUGAGAACCGCAACAACAACACCAACAAGACCACAGCAAACAAUGCAGACCUCUGCUUCAGCCAGCACCAUCCUGCCGACGAGCUCCACAGACAGACACGCCUCCACGAACACGUUGGCCAGGUGGGAGGAGUUGGAGGAGGGGGCUCUGGGACGGCGAGGCCUCCCCUGGAGCGCGGCGAGUCCUCGGAGAGCAGGCGCAGUCGUAAAAGCGAGCAUCACCACCACUCCUCUCAUGUCCGACUGGAUGCCACGGUGAUUCCCGGGCCCGGCUCGGAGGACAGGCCUGCCCGGCGCCAUCACCACACCCGGAGCGGCAGUCGAGGCGCGGGACAGUCGGAGCACAGGAAGCCCAGGUCACAUCGGAAAAAUGCAGAGGAGGGCGAGGAUGGCGGCGGAGGAGCGGGGAAAACAGGGAGACAUAAGAGCAGAGGGGUGGAGGGAGGUGGAGAAGGAGGAGAGCAGGAAGGAGCUGGGGAAGGCAGUGAGAGGAGGCCAAGAAGAAAUCGCCAUGGAAACCAGACGGACGGCGAGGGGAAGAGGAUGUGCCAGCACAGAAGGAAGGAGUGCAGUGUCCCUAACCUCUCCACCACGCGGCCCAUUCAGAAGACCCUCCCCCGGCAGGACAGCCAGUACAGCGAGGACAUGGACAACCUCAUGAACACCAAACUGGUCUCCGGCUCCACCCCACCCGGCGAUGUUCACCCUAACCCCCUCGCCCACCACCCUGCGGCCCCAGGCUUUGGAUCCGCCCUCCAUCUUGCAAACAGUAGCACUCACGGGAGUUUAGUGACAUUAGAUAGCUACGGGAGCAUCGCCCAUCACCGUACCAACAGUGUCCUCAGGCUGCCUCACCCUGACUACACAGCUCUAGACAUGCCUAUUUUUCCAUCCAUCAAUGCCAUACUGCAAGCAACAUUCAACUUCCAUGUCAGACGCAGGCGAUAA